AUCCAACCACAUCCAUCCAGAUCGCACACGCCGAGCAGCCUCCUAUCAAAAGUAGCAAUGUUGAUCUGUGGCUCAACUAGUAUCCUCGAACAUGUGUCGCCAGGCGUCGUUUUGAAACAGCCCAUCAGACUUGCAGACAAAUACGAAGCCGCGCGCAUCGCAAACUGCUUCUCCGUCGAAAGGCGAAUCCUCGAGAGGUUGGGUCCGCAUGUCAGGAUUGUCAGGUACCUCGGUAGCGAAGGAGAUGGUAUUCUUCUAGGCGAAGCUAGUCACGGCGAUCUCCAGACCUACCUCGAUGAACACCCAUCCGUGGAUAUGAAGCAGCGCCUCCUAUGGUGCCGACAGAUAGCGGAGGCCAUUGAGUAUAUCCAUAGCCGCGGCGUCGUGCACUCAGACCUUCGUCCGGCCAACGUACUUGUUCACGAGACCACACCAGGAUCUCGUGACUUACAGCUUUCCGACUUUGGCGGCUCCGUAUGCCAGGACCUAAAGGCGGAUGGAUAUUCCCUCCCGGACGGCCCGUUCUAUAGCCCCUUAUUCGGGACCGACGCUAGCACUCUCUUAGAUCUUUUUGGGAUGGGGUCCUUGUUCUACACCAUCCUUACUGGUAGAUGGCCGUAUAAGGCCACUCCGGGGCGAUUCGCAAAGCUCGACGAUAGGCUUGAGUGGGAGGAACGGGUCGUGUACCCCAACUUCAAAAUGGGCAAGUUCCCUCCCGUCGAGCACUUACCCGUAGGAGAGGUCAUUUUGAAGUGCUGGAGAAGGGAAUUUGGGACAGCCAAAGACGUCCUGUUGGCUCUAGAUACAUCUUUCUCGGCCAGGCAAUAUUUUCACGAAACCUGAUUGUGUACAAUCGGGGAGCACUUGGGAAAAUGUACGUUCUGUUGGCAUCCCACUCUGUCAGUGGGCAAUUUUCCUCUCAUGUG